UCUUGAGACUCUUGAGACCAAGUAUAAUCUAUAUUGGAAUUGCUACUCUUUGAAUUCCAAGCUCGGGGAAAAAGUGGGCUAAAGGUAGAUUCAAAGUAGAAGCCAAAAUUAUAGCAGAGACAAAAUCUGAACAGAGAAGAUAUAAGGAGCUGGAGUUAGUUGGUUUUUGUUUGUUUGUAUUUUUUUGUUUUUUUGUGUUUGUUUGUUUUUUUUAAGAAAAAAUACAAGUUUUUUCUAUGCAGUGAACAAUAUGUUUUUAGUAUUAAUUAUUUUCCAGCAGAAAAUAAACCUAUAUUUGAGGCAUUCAGACUAAUUAACAGGAGAAAAAGAGGCAUCCCAAAAGAUAUCUCACCCAGUCUAUGAAAUAGGAGUUGCAUUGCUGGAAAUCAGAUGAUAGAAGAAAAAAAAAACUUUCAAAACAUGUUUUUAUAUAGCUAUAUCUGUGAUUCUGAAUUAAAAGAAAAAAUGUCAAAAGACCAUUAUGCUCCAAUUUACAAACCUCUGCCUGUUAUGGUGUGAUAAUCCCUUGGAUGUGCUGAUGAGCCCUACAUAAACUGAAUGCCUUUUUAAUAGAAAAAUUAUUAGGAUUUCUCUCCAAAACAACAGCAAGAAUAAUAAACAAAUUAAGAAAGCUGUUUGAGUUAAUUUUGUAGAAAUAGGAAACGAGGCAGAGAGAGCCCUUUCAGGGAAAUCCAGGCAAAGGUGAAGGAAAAUGUGGAGUGGAAACUGGACUAUCUGAGGAACCCAAGAAGAAACCCAAGGAGAAGAAAGCCACUGAGAAUUAAAGGAGUAUGGCAAUGGUGAAGGAGAUUCUCCGAUCCAGAAAUCUCUUACUCGUGGUUUUCAUUCCACUUCUGCUGCUUCCUCUGCCACUCUUAUACCCCAGCAGUGAAGCCUCAUGUGCCUACGUGCUGAUUGUGACAGCUGUGUAUUGGGUUUCUGAAGCGGUACCUCUGGGUGCAGCAGCCUUAAUUCCUGCUUUCCUAUAUCCACUUUUUGGAGUCAUGAAGUCCAGUGAGGUGGCUGCAGAAUAUUUCAAGAACACAACUUUGCUCCUAAUGGGUGUGAUUUGUGUAGCAGCUUCCGUAGAAAAAUGGAAUCUCCACAAGCGAAUUGCCCUGCGAAUGGUCAUGAUGGCUGGAGCAAAGCCAGGCAUGUUGCUUCUUUGCUUUAUGUGCUGCACCACGGUGCUCUCCAUGUGGCUUUCCAACACAUCCACCACAGCCAUGGUGAUGCCAAUUGUGGAAGCUGUGCUCCAGGAGCUAGUGAAUGCUGAGGAGGAACGUGAUGUCAUCAGUACUGCAGGCAGCACCAUUAUUGAAGAAAACGAGCCAAUAGAUCUCAGCGAAAGGCAUGACCAACCUUCACUGGAGCUUAUCUUCACCAAUGAGGAUGCUACUACUACUGACUUCAGCUCCUUGAUGCAUUCAAAGAGUAUGAAUAAUGUGCACAUGAUAGCCAAUCCUAAUGGAACGGUAAAUUCCAAGAGCAACGGGCAGCACCUACCUCAGGCUCAGAUACUGGUCCUGCCUCCUCAGCCCUCAGAACCAGACCUGAGCACUAAAUUCCGGUAUCAGUCCAGACAUGACCACAUGGUCUGUAAAUGCCUCUCAUUAAGCAUCUCCUAUGCAGCAACCAUUGGAGGACUGACAACCAUCAUAGGGACUUCUACUAGCCUCAUAUUCUUAGAGCAUUUCAACAACCACUACCCAAAUGCUGAAGUGGUGAAUUUUGGAACCUGGUUUUUGUUCAGUUUCCCAAUAUCCCUCAUCAUGUUGGUCCUUACUUGGUUCUGGAUGCAUUGGCUGUUCUUGGGUUGCAAUUUUAAGGAGACCUGUUCUGUGAGCAAGAAGAAGAAGACCAAACGGGAAGAAAUGUCAGAGAAAAGGAUUCAGGAAGAAUAUAAGAAAUUGGGAAAUGUUAGCUAUCCUGAGAUGGUGACUGGGUUUUUAUUCAUUCUAAUGACAUUGCUUUGGUUUACUCGUGAACCUGGCUUUGUACCAGGCUGGUCAUCUUUCUUUGAAAAGAAAGGCUACCGGACUGAUGCCACUGUCUCUGUUUUUCUUGGUUUCCUUCUUUUCCUCAUUCCAGCAAAAAAGCCAUGUUUUGGAAAAAGAGAAAAAGGAGACAGUGAAAGGUCAACAGAUAUUAACGCGCUGGAUCCCAUCAUUACCUGGAAGGACUUCCAGAAGACCAUGCCCUGGGAAAUUGUAGUGUUGGUUGGAGGUGGUUAUGCCUUAGCAGCUGGAUGCAAGACCUCUGGCCUCUCUACUUGGAUUGGACGCCAAAUGCUUUCCUUGAGCAGCCUUCCCUACUGGGCUGUAACUCUGCUGGCCUGCAUUUUGGUGUCCCUUGUUACAGAGUUUGUUAGUAACCCAGCAACUAUAACCAUAUUUCUGCCUAUUUUAUGCAGCAUGUCAGAAACCCUUCUCAUCAAUCCUUUAUACACUCUGAUUCCUGUCACCAUAUGUAUCUCAUUUGCGGUGAUGCUGCCGGUGGGUAAUCCUCCAAAUGCCAUCGUCUUCAGUUAUGGGCACUGCCAGAUUAAAGACAUGGUUAAAGCUGGUCUGGGUGUAAAUCUCAUUGGUCUGGCUGUUGUCAUGGUGGCAAUCAACACGUGGGGAAUUAGACUCUUCCAGCUGCAUACUUUUCCGGAAUGGGCAGCAGUAAGCAACAUCACUAGCCAAAUCUAGCCUUAAAAACAAAACAAAGCAAAACAAAUUCAAAUUAAAAAUAAAAUAAAUAAAUAAAUAAAUAAAUAAAAGUGCAAGACCAAAGUGAGUAAGGACAAAAUAGUAAAUCUAAAUACAUAUGAAAGAAAAGAGAAAAUUUGAGCAUACACAAAACCAAGAACACGGGGAAAAAUAUGAAGAAAAUUAACAAGAAGGUCCUCUGCAUAAAAAAAAUAAUAAUAAAAAAAUAAAAAAGUCUCCUCCAAAUUCUCUGCCAAUAGAUUUUUCAUGGUCUAGAACAAUUAUGUAUGAUCUAUAAAACAGUGGAUAUUGGACUUCAAUGAGAGAAGACAAGUAUGCAUAUACUUGUGUACUCAGUAGUUAGAUAUUCAAUUUCAUUGUUGACUGCUACAAUGAAUAAAUCCAUUGUAAAUGUUGAGCCUUCUUCCCAAAGCCAGAGUUUUCUAAGCCUACUUCUUCUGAAGGCAAAUUAUUAUUCUUUUGAAGUAAGUCAUCACUGUGUUGGAAAAAAAAAAAAAAAAAAAAGUUUAUCAGUGAAUCCAUAUGGCCUGGAAAUAUAUACAGCUACCUACUAUCUGCUACAGCAUUUCAAAGGGAUAAUAAGAAAUGACAAAACAGAUAAGAAGACUCUUAGAAAGGAGAAUUGUUGGUUUUUUUUGGUGGUGGUGGUUUGUUGUUGUUAUUGCUUUUUUUUUUUUUUUUUUGGUUUUUAUCACACAGCGUUAGUAUAAAGUUUCCAGUAUUGCAGCACUUGCAAUCCCUGAUAGAAAGUUUUGGUCAAUAUCUUCUUUCCUUAUUACUGUGCUGCAGUGGAAGCUUUCUCAGUAAAGGGAGCCAUGACUAGCAAAACAUUGCUUGGUCUACAGGCCCGUUGCAGUCCUCUCUUCUGGCUCUGAUUAGGUGGUUAAGGAUUUAUGAUUUUCCUGACAGAGAAAGUACCAUCUCUUCUAACAUAGCCCUCAGUGCUACUCCAUGAGUAAGAAGGGAGAGGGCUGAAGUGGAGUUGCACUGGCAUAUCUCAUCAUCGUAUGUAUUCACUUGAACAUCACACCCGCCUGCUCUCUAGCAGCCCAGAGAACAGGAACUUGAAAUGUGGGAAACUGUCACAUAGAGCAGAUAAUUAGCAGACCAAAAAGGCCAAUCUCUUUAUCGUAUGCAAAGCGAAUGCCCUUGCUGACUGGAUACCUGUGAUACAUCAUAAACCUUCUUUUGCAUUAUGUGCUGCUUUUAAUCAUUUCUUUAAUGUCAAUGACUUUAAGCUGUGUAUUAAGAUGAUUGGAUUUCAUGUAAUCACAUUCUUCAUAUACAUAUUUUAACACAUUUUUAUGCUUUCCAUUUAUAAUCUAGGCUCUCUAGACGUUAGUGUGAAUGACUACAGAGCAUAAAUGAGAUGUCAAUAAAAGAAAUUAUUCACUACUGCA